GAGAGAGAGAGAGAGAGAGCCAGCCAGCCUCGUGGCGUGUCCGCGUAUAAAGAUGGCAUGAUCUGCGGCAGCUUCUCAGUGCACGCCUGACCGUAGGAGGGAACACAGUCGAACUUUUAAGGAGAGAAAGGAACAGAAGAGAAAGAGACAGAGGGAGGGAGAAAGACAAGUCAGUGAGAGAAGAAAGCGCAACGAGAAAGAGAGGAAAGCCCUCCAGCAUCCAACCAUCCCUCCCUUCACCCCUCCAGACGGCUGACACGAGAGAGAGAGAGAGAGAGAGAGAGAGAGAGAGAGAGAGAGAGACUGACAGACAGACAUCAUGGGGAACGCCAAGCUGGUCGAGGUGGUUCAAAGCAAACUGAAGCUUCGGAACACAAUGGCCAGGGAAUUUUUGGCUGAAUUUCUUGGAACCUUCAUCCUAAUAGCGUUCGGGACAGCCAGCGUGGCCCAGAGUGUGCUAACCAACAAAGCCAACGGGGACUUCUUCUCCAUCAACUGGGGCUGGGGCAUGGGUGUCACACUCGGGGUCCUGGUGAGCGGAGGGGUGAGCGGGGGACAUAUCAACCCUGCAGUCACCGUGGCCAUGGCGGUCUGGGGCAAACACCCGUGGCAGAAGGUCCCACUGUACAUUGUGGGGCAGUACCUCGGGGCCUUUAUUGCCUCGGCAGUGGUCUACGGCGUGUAUCUGAACGCCCUUGACGGCUUCGAGGCGGAGCGCACUCUGGCCACGGCGGGCAUCUGGGCCACCUACCCGGGCGCCAUCACGACAAAGAACGGCACUGUCAUUACCGACUACCUGUCCAGCGGGAACGGAAUGGGCGACCAGGUGGUGGGCACGAUGCUGUUGCUGCUGUGCGUGUGUGCCAUCACCGACGCACGCAACAUGGAGGUGCCUAAGGGCCUGGUUCCCCUGCUAGUGGGUCUUACCGUCCUCAACAUCGGCGUGUGCUUCGGCUUCAACUGCGGCUAUGCUAUCAACCCAGCACGUGACUUGGCGCCCAGGAUCUUCACCCUCAUUGCUGGGUGGGGCAGCGACACCUUCAGCGCUGCCACCGUGGAGGGCAUCGCGUGGUGGUGGGUGCCGGUGGUGGGGCCUCACAUCGGCGCUAUCCUGGGGGUCACCCUGUACGAGGUGUUCGUGGCCCUUCACCACCCAGAGACGCAGGAGUUCACCCUACCGCAGGUCACCCCUCACCAGGAGCCGGGGAGUACGAGUUAUCAACUCGUACCUGUCAAAGCCUCUGAUUAGGACAGGUAGCGGACCCCUCACCGCCCUCGAGCCCCGCAGUCACUCACAAAUUCUAAGACAGACGCUGCUUCCUAUCGGCGACCGGACAGCGGCUGAGACUACUACUACUACUACUACUAGACACAGAAGAGAAGUAUUCAAGUUUCUGAAAAUAAGUGGCCAUCAGGAAAGUAAGCAGCAGAUUAAGGGGAAGAAGUUCGACAUCAAAACGAUAACGAAUAGAAGAUCGGCAUGGGAACAACAUUAAAUCAAAGAUUGGAAGCUAAAGAAAAUGUACGUUCGAAAAGGAAAACUACCGGCAUGAAAACCACAGGAAACAAAAGGUCACAAGCUCAGGAAAAUAUAAGCUGAGGAAAAAAAAGACAAUCGGCAUGGAAGCGACGGGGAAUAAGAGAAGAAAGGAACAAACAAAAGAAAAUCAGCAUAAAAAAACAACCGGAAGUAAAAGAAAACCAGAAUCUGCAUAAGAGAGAAAAAGAAAAAUGAAAAGAAAACAGUCAUCAAAAUGAAAAAGCUUUAAAGACGAUUAACUAGAAUACUUAAAGAAAAAGUGAAAAAAAUGGUCAGUAGUCACAAAUAUUUAAAUAACAAUAGAUACUAAACAAACAGGAAAGAAGGAAAAAAAUAAAUAAAUAAAUAACAUAAGCCAAAUAUAGGGAUAAAAGCUUCCCAUGUUGUGAUAUUACAGCAAUUCUUCUUCUUCUUCUUCUUAUUAUUAUUAUUAUUAUUAUUAGUAGUAGUAGUAGUAGUAGAAGUAUCAUCAUUAUUUCAGCUGUUACUACUACUACUACUACUAAUGGAUGCUGGAAUGCUGUCAUAUUCCUUUGCAACAAUGACAUUUUUUUCUUUUUUCAAACAUUUUCAUACGCAUUUUUCCCUCAUGUUUACGGCAACAUUCACGACUUGUCUUCUUCGUGUUUCAUUUCACACACACACACACACACACACACACACACACACACACACACACACACACACACACACACACACACACACAUACACACACACAUUGAGAGAGAGAGAGAGAGAGAGAGAGAGAGAGAGAGAGAGAGAGAGAGAGAGAGAGAGAGAGAGAGAGAGAGAGAGAGAGAGAGAGAAUAUUACUGUCACAAAGGAAACACAACCAUAUAAUUUUUCUUGAUCACCACCACCACCACUAUCACCACCACUAACAACAACAACAACAACAACAACAACAACAACAACAACAACAACAAGCUAACAAACAACUAUACAACAACAUAUUUAUGUUUCCAUCUCCCUUUGUAUCGAUUCAAAGUAUACAUUUUGCGUGUUAAUCAUUGCAGUAUCAUUAAUAACGUUUUAUUCCGCCAUCCCCCCCAAAAAAAAAAAAAAAAAUUACGUACUAUGAAGUAUCUGUAUUCAUUUGAACUACCUACGUAAUAAUAUAUUAAUGCAUUGUGUUUAUAUUCUUAUCACAUAGUGCUAUGCUAUAAGGUAAACAGCCUCGUAGGGAACAACAAGUCGGCAGAUGUUUGCUCGUCCUUCGUGUUCCUUUGUGUCCAUCAAAGUGGGAGACAAAAGAAUGACGAGGGAAAACACACACACACACACACACACACACACACACACACACACACACACAUAUAUAUAUAUAUAUAUAUAUAUAUAUAUAUAUAUAUAUAUAUAUAUAUAUAUAUAUAUAUAUAUAUAUAUAUAUAUAUAUACACACACAAAGAAUCAUAAUUAAUACUUAAGUUUCUCAUUCCCUAUGUAUUUUAAUGUUUUCUGUUUACUCUAUUUUAAGAUUUAUCGUUUAUUUUAUGUAUAUGUAAUUAUUUUCCUAUGUAUUUGUCUCGGUUAAUCUCAUUGCUGUGCAUGUAUUCCUAUAAGCACGUAUGUAUGAAUGUAUGUAUUCUUUGGUACAAAAUAGAGUGUUGCUAAUGUAAGGUAAAUGUCUCAUUAUGGGAGAAAGAACAUGAGAACUUCAGAAAAUAAAGAAACUGCAAGAAGCCGUCAUGCCUACACGUGACACUCCCUGUAUGAAACAUACCCACAUAUUUUCACUUAUCAUCCUCAUCCAUAAAUUUGUCUAAUCUCCUUUUAAAGCUCCCUAAUCAACUUAACACUAACAAUCUGAUUGCUGAGUCUAUUCCAUUCAUUUACCACUGUAUUUAAGAACCAGUUCCUUCCUAUCCCUUUCUAAAUAUAAUUUUUUUCAAGCUUGAACCUAU